AUGGAGCUGAUGAAGGUCGUGCUGCUGUUAAUGAUCUUGAUAAGUGUGUGUGGAGCGGCCAGUCUUCCAUCCUGCAGUUGGACACACUUCAGACUUAGAAGACUGAACGAGGAGUGUAUUGGACUGCUCAAGAACAUGGGUGAUCGGAUGCCUUUGGAGUGUUUACAGUUAGAGAGCAACAUCUUUCCCGAUGACGUGUUCAAUAAAUCUCAGAAUGAAGACGUGGCCUUGGUGGCUCUUGAAACUCUAAAAGGAGUGAACAAAAUCUUCAGAAACAAACAAACCUCAGUCACAUGGAACCAAGAUCAACUUGGACUCUUCAAGAACAUCAUACAUAGACAAGUGAAAAACCUGCAAGAAUGCGUAGAGAAAGAGGUCCAGACAGUGAUGGACAGCAGCUCUGCUAUACUGAGGCCUUAUUUUGAAAGGCUGGAGAAGCGACUGAAAGAGAAGAAGUUCAGCUCGUGCGGCUGGGAGAUGGUGAGAACUCAGCUGCAGGAUGGACUCGAGAAGUUUCAAACCUUUCUAGAGAGCAAGAAGUAA